GCAGAAGAAGAUGUCCUGUCCACUGCGCAUGCGUGUCACAUCCAAUAUGUCUGCGCCCUACAGCAAGUGGUGGUUGACAUCCAGCCCUUAAUCGCAACUACACAUGCUGGCAGUCCACUUAUUUCACAGGCUUUUUAAAUUCCAAAUGAAAUGAUCAGGUUGGGUUGUGGUAGUCGUCUUCCGCAGAAAUACCGUGUACCACUAAUUGUGGUUGUUGGCGACGUAAACCUUUUACAAUUGAAAUUUAAUCAAAAUAAAGCACUGCUUUUGUAAUACAUGCACGCCGAAUUCAAGAAUGUCUUCGUUGGAUACAGAAUAUCUCUUAAUAUAGCAAUUAUAGGGGAUUCUAUUUUUAUUAGAAAUAAAAACAUAUACAAUCCUAAAACUUUUGAAUGAAAUUUGGCCGAAUGUUCCUUCCGGACUAGAGAGGAGCAUGUACCAAAGCCAAGUUGUAUUGGUAUCUGUUUUUUUUCUGCCACACAGUGAAUCUUCCAAACAAAUCUGCUAAUAUAAUGGCUUAUAGAAGAGCUGUAAACCUUCUUCUGAGAGGAAAAGAGUGUGUCUUUAGUCUGUGGAUACCUCGUUUUCAAAAUUCACCAAAUGCCAUCAGCCAAAGUGUUAGAUUUCAUGAACACGCCAAUAAUCACAGUGGCAGAACUACAAGAACUCUUCACACCAGUACACCAUUGAUGGUGGCCAAGUUACUGUCGGUGGAUGAGCUUUUUGCCAAGAGGUCUCUGCAGGAAUACUUGAAGAAGAUGGAGACAGAGUACAGUGAAUGUUUGAGAGCAGUCAACAACAGUGUGACGGAGGAGCAGUGCAGUGAGGACGAACUGAAGGCCAAGAGGACCAAAGUGUCCCUGCUGGCUCCUCUUAUCCAGAGCAUCAGAGAGCUGGACACCAAACAAAAAGAGAUCGCGGAGACUGAGACGCUCCUGAAAGAUGAAGACCCAGCCCUGCGAGAACUGGCGGAGCUGGAAAGAGAAGGCUGUCUGCAAGAUAUUCAGCAUUUUAGACAAAAGAUCUUGGAUCUGUUGAUCCCUGAGGAGGAGGCAGAUCUGAGCGACCUCGUCCUGGAGGUUACAGCCGGUGUCGGGGGUCAGGAGGCCAUGCUGUUCACUGCUGAGGUGUUUGACAUGUACCAGAGCUACGCUCAGCACCACGGCUGGUCCUUCGACAUCCUGGAGCACAUGACCAGUGAAAUAGGUGGACUACGUCACGCCUCGGCCAGCAUCAGCGGCCCUCAGAGCUACAAGAGGAUGAAGUUUGAGGCUGGAGUCCAUCGAGUUCAGAGGGUUCCCAAGACUGAAAAACAGGGCAGAAUGCACACCAGCACCAUGACUGUGGCUGUACUGCCCCAACCCACUGAGAUAUCUUUCACAAUAAACCCGAAGGACCUCAGGAUAGACACUAAGAGAGCGAGUGGAGCUGGAGGUCAACAUGUCAACACCACAGACAGUGCAGUCAGAAUAGUCCAUCUGCCGACAGGCGUGGUUGCAGAGUGCCAGCAGGAACGGUCCCAGUUGAAGAACAGGGAGAAGGCCAUGAAGGCUCUGAGAGCAAAACUGUACAGCAUGAAGCUAGAAGAGGAGACCAGCAUACGCUACAACCAGCGUAAAAUACAGAUUGGCACCAAAGGCAGAUCAGAGAAGAUUCGAACCUACAACUUUGCCCAGGACCGUAUAACAGACCACCGGAUCGGCCUGACGGUGCACGACAUCAAGAGCUUCCUGCUGGGAGAGGAUCUGCUGGACGAGAUGAACUCCUCGCUACAGGAGUUCUCCAAUCAGGAGACGCUUGUGGAACUGCUGGGAGAAAACAACCAGGAGGGCUCAUGACUUUGGCUCAGAGGAACAUGGAUUCUGAUGGAAUGGAAACUUCUUGCUACAUGUUUUAGCAAAGCGCUAACACUGUAAUGUUGGCCUUUCCUACUCUGCUUCAAAUUCUGCUGGAAAAAAACUGAUGAAAAGCACCAUGAUGGAAUAUAAGGGUGUCCAAGUCUUAAUGCUUCUGCCCAUCAAGAGUAAAAAACAAAAAUAAGCAGACAUUUUAACUUCCAUACUCAUGUCCAGGAAUGACAAGCAAUGUCAGCACAAACAUAAAAGUGGCUAAUAAAAUGACUCAACUAUGGAGUGAUCAUAAAGUCUUGUACUUGAACAUGAGCUGUAAUAAUACUGACUCAUUAGUUUCUACCAACACCAGAGUUUCUUGUCACAUUUAUUCAGCAGCAGCAUUGCCUCUCUGAUGCUGGAACGUUUCUAGGGCUGCACGGAUGCUCUGCUAUUUAUUUAACUGAUAUUGAGCUUUUAUUGAAAAUUGACAGCAUUCGCAAAUGUCUUUUUCCAAAUAUUCAGUCAGUAACAGUAUGUGUUUUGUUAAGUAAUUAUUUAUUCAAAAUCAGUGGUGUGGUGCUGCCCUACCUUGAAGAGCUGCAAACUCAUGUACACUCUAUGGCCAAAAGUAUGUGGACACUGUAAUAAAGCGGACAGCCAAACUCACA